AUGAAUCAAUGGCUGAAGAACUUAUUUCGCAUUCGCAGCAGUAAUACAGCACACUUUGUACCUUCCAAUUACGACACUCUCUCUCGACCGCAACUGAUUGCCAAAAUAAAAGCUCUUGAAGAUCAAUUAUCGACCGCGAAAUACCCCAUCAAACAUGACAAGAGCAGGCCGUUUGACAUGACACAAUACAGCCAGCAACGCAUUGCGCUAAAGGUAGCUUAUUUAGGCUGGAACUACUCUGGAUUUGCAGCACAAGGAGACGAAAUCAAGACGCCUACAGUAGAAGGACAGAUAUUCAAAGCGCUUCAGUCGUGCAAAUUAAUCACACAUCCAGAUCAAUGCAACUUUACUCGAUGCGGCAGGACUGACAAGGGCGUGAGUGGCCUGGGACAAGUGAUUGCAUUGAAUGUUCGAAGCAGCCACAGCAAACUCGGUUCUUCAUCUUUGUCCACAGCGUCAUUACCCUACAUUGAAAUUCUAAACAGACUGCUGCCAGACGAUAUACGCAUCUUGGCUUGGGCGCCUGUUGACCCGUCCUUUAACGCAAGAUUUGACUGCAAAUCGCGCACAUACAAGUAUUUUUUCCAGAAGGGAACCUUGGAUUUAGAAUUGAUGCAGAAGGCGGCUAGUUUCAUGAUGGGUUCGCACGAUUUCAGAAACUUUUGCCGCUUGGAUCCAUCCAAGAACAUAACCAAUUACGAGCGCACGGUGGUCUCAUUAGACAUCAAGCCUGCCACUACUGCCAGUAACAAUGAAUUCUAUCAGGUAGAGCUCAAAGGAACAGCAUUCUUGUGGCACCAAGUGAGGUGUAUCAUGGCGAUUCUGUUUCUGGUGGGGCAGACAUUGGAAAAACCAGAGAUUGUUCGAGAAUUGCUGGACAUCAACACGUUUCCCGCAAGACCUGAAUACCCAAUGGCCAGUGAUUUACCGCUAUUAUUGUACGAUUGUGAAUUUGAUGGCAUUCAAUGGAUUUACGCCAACCAAGAUGAGGAGAAGGACGUCAAGAUACCUACACCCGUGAGGACAUGGCGACAUUUUAACCAGUUUCGGACAGAGCAUGUCAUCAAAAGCCUACUAUAUAAAACGUGCAUCGAUGAAAUAGAAGCCAUGCCAACAUUCAAGGACCACCCAGAGUAUGAGCAAUCAACAAUUCUGCUUGGUGCUGGUAAAUCCAUCAGAACAAGCCAUUACAAACCUCUGAAAGAUAGGCCUUUAGCUGAUUCAGAUAAAGUAAAAAAGGAGAAAUAUCGCAUUAAGCAACUGAAAAAAGCAGAAAUAAAAUGA